CCUGCUGCGUGCAGCGGCCACGGCGCAGACACCCGCCGGAGCUCUAGUGAAACACUCACUCUGCAUCAGCGAUGGGACCCUAUAUCACAGUUAUAUGUUGCAUGUUGGCGGUGACGAGUGUUACGCAAGCGGAGCAAUGGCGAUGGCGUAGCGACGAGCGGAGCGGAGAGUCGCAGGAGGCGCAGCCAGUCCGCAUCGACAACAAAGUGCUUGAGGAUUCAGCCGCUGACCGCGCGCUCUACAGUGAUGAAAUGGCCGGCUUCUACAAGCGGCCUUUCGCCGACAGUGCGCUCAUAGUCGACAGAGCAGCAGCGGCGGAGAGCCAGGGAACGCUUGACGACUUAAUGUACUGUCGUUGUGAAAGGGCGUCCGUUCGAAGCCUUCAGUGUGUUACGGGAUCUCGUGGGAAAGGCUGCAGCAGUCACGAAUACCUGUGCUGUUCUUUUUCCGCCACGCAGGACCCAAACCGUGCAGAUCGCCCGCUCGCAGUAGGUCCGCAAGGCCCCACCGGCGUUGUUGGACCUUUCGACAACAUUAAUACCGAUUCUGGGGAGAGUGCAUCGGCGCAGCGAGGCUUUUACUCGCCAGGAGGAAGUUCAGGAUUUAUUGACUCCGGAUUCAGCAGGCCUGUUCUAGUAGGGCCCGGCGGUCCAACGGGUAUAGUUGGUCCGAGAGGACAAGACGUCUUAAUAGGGCCCGGCGGACCUACGGGAAUCAUUGGGUCGAGAAGACAGGGUGUGCUGGUCGGACCCGGUGGGCCGACUGGAAUAAUUGGUCCAGCUGGGUUUAACCGAGGGUACGGUGCAAGCAGGCCUGGUAUUCUAGUAGGGCCCGGUGGCCCUACGGGAAUCAUUGGACCGAGGAGACAGGGUGUGCUGGUCGGACCCGGUGGGCCGACUGGAAACAUUGGCCCAGCUGGGUUUAACCGAGGGUACGGUACGAGCAGGCCUGGUCUCCUAGUAGGACCCGGUGGGCCCACGGGCAGGGUGGGGCCAGGAAGGCAAGUUCUGGUCGGGCCGGGGGGUGCCACUGGACAAAUUGGCCCACGAGGGAGCUUUGGUAAAUAGUUUUAUAUAAGUUUAAAAGGGAGCGUUGUUAUAUGUUUAAAGAACUUUAUUUCUCAUUACAAAAUAAUAUUUUACUUACAUGAGAAACUUAAUAUUAUCUAUAUAAGAGAGAGAUACACGUCCCACUUUUAGUCCAAUACAUUCACUCUGACGUGCAUUUUUGUCUGUCAAACACGCUAAUAUUGCUAAUUUUAGAUGGCAACUGAUUAAACAGUUGCACACCCUCAUACCCAAUGGACUCUUCAAGUAAUUUGUGCGCGGCUUCGGCAAGAUCAAACAAACUCGCGACGAGUGUUGCAUGUUAUAAAUCUGUGAUAACAUUUAAUAUAAGUAUUGUCAUAAUGAUUAUAGUUUUAUUUGAGUUGGAUGCACA